CUGUCCCUCCCUGUCUGCUGUCUCCACGCGCCACCAAGGAUUGGACUAGAAGCGCUCCGCGGUGGGACACGCCCACACUUUAAGAAGUACACUUUUUGUUGAUACACAUGUUGUGAUUUGAGAGGGUCUUCUAUGCCGCGUGUCCCUCUCUGUUCGGCGGCCUUCACCGCGACUCAUUUAGAAAGUGCGGCACAGGAAGGCACAUCCACAUCCAUUGUUUUCCCCGCUAGUGAUUGAGCAAAUUUUCAAAAAUAAAGACCCUGCGCGAUCUUUGCAAUCAUUUAGUUUCUGACCCCCGAGAAGUGCCUCGAAUAUUUUCUUUUCGACGCGGCGGCGGAGGCGCAGCGAGCAGCCGGACGCGGAGCCGCGGAGGUGUGAGGAGCGUGAGGAUGGCACGCUGAUCCGCGACGCUGACGUCUCUGCGGUGGCGCAGACGAACCCCGCAGCCCGGCUACUCCUGACAGACACGCGCUCCGCCGAGCAGUCGACAGUCAGUCCUGCAGAGAGGGAGUACGGCUUGGGAGAAGAAUAAAGCGCACAACUUGAGCAACGACGCGCUGCGGAUCCACAGCAUGCUCCACCUUGCGCAAUCUUCCUUCAAACCCACGCGCCCAGCAGCGGUUUGAUUUGGCAUUUUUAACGUUCGCGAUUUGCCUCUUUUCUGCGGAAGAGAACGCCUCUACAUCGGGAUGAUGUGGACCUCUCACGACUCGGUUGGAUUUGUUUUCUUCGCCGGGGUCUGUGUGCAGUUGGGAUCCUCCUUUGAAGGUCGCUUCACGGACAUGCCCUCCAACAUGACGGUUAAAGAGGGACAGAACAUAGAAAUGGCGUGCGCCUUCCAGAGCGGAACCGCGUCCGUGUACUUGGAGAUCCAGUGGUGGUUCGUUAAAGCGCCGGAACCCAGCGACAGCGAGGAGGAGGUCAAUGCUGAGGAGAUGGAGAUGAUUCCGGAACCUGAUCCCGAUGACGAGGGCACAAAAAUAAGUACAGUGAAAGUCCAAGGCAACGACAUCUCGCACAAGCUGCAGAUCUCCAGAGUCGCCAAGGUUGACGAGGGACUGUACGAGUGCCGGGUGACGCGAGCUAACUACGGAGAGAUUGUGGAGUACAAAGCCCAAGCCUGGCUGAGGGUCAACGCCACAGCCAGGCCACGGCGGCCACUGGUGCCCCCAAAGAAAAGCUCCCCACUGCACCUGACGGACAAGAAGCCACGAAAGCCCAGCACAUCUCAUGGCCAGGAGAGCAUGAGCUCAGACCAGAGGGUGGCCUCCACCUCCACCUCCCACACGUCCUCCGACACAGCUAAGCACAGCCCCGGCUCAGGAACCAGAACAUCAUCCACCUGUGGACUGGCUCUCCUCCUCCUGACGUGCGCCUUGGUGAGGGAUGCCUUGUUAUAAUCCAAGAACUGAUCUCGCCCUUGUUCUGUUUCCUCUCAAAGUGAACAAGAAAACCGCCCUGGUCCUGUCCCCUACACUCCUCCCCCCACCCCCCGCCCCCCCGAAACACACACACACCUCGCGGGCGGCACAGUUGGCCGUCCUUUCCCUGCCACUGCUGCUCUCCCUCCCAUCACAUUGUUAUUAGCCACGGUAAACACCAGUCACCACUUGGAUUACCUUUUGUACAGACGACCUGACACCGUCUGAGGCGCAGGGCUCCGCUGGGGAAUCUUGCUGGAUCACUCUCAUGGAAGAAUCACUUUAACUAUGUCUCUCUGUUUCAGUUACAUGGGUUUUUUUGCUCAAAGGUGAACAAGAAAAAAAGAUUUGUCUUUUUUCUAAAUAUACACACACACACACAUAUAUAUAUAUAUGAUAUGUGUGUGUAUAUAUAAAUAUAUUCUUUAAAACACCUAGAAUUGCUGUAUGUGCUGUACACAUAGACAAAACUUGCCAUAUUGAACAUGCAACUCCAUUGUGAAUAAACCCCUUCAAAGUAACAAAAUAAAUUAAAAUUCACUUAUUUAGAGUGUUAACAUCAACCAUGUGGUUAAAAAAAAGGUUUAAAUCCUCACUUUUCUUAAGCUAUCUUGGCCAUUGAAAUGAUCUAAUGUGCAUACCUUUACAUCUUGUUAGUGAUACAUGUGCAUGUUUAUUGCCUGACGGUUUAAAAGAGGGAAAUGUAAUUUAGUUGACCUGCAUUCAGUCUGCUGGCGUUUAGCUUCAUUUUAUUGUGCCGGCCUUGGUGUGAUAAAUAAACUGUCAUCUUAAUUUUAUCGCAUCGUCAGUAGGAAUGAAAAUGAUGUCCCAAUUCAUGCGUCCUUGGAUGCGACCGUUGGAUCAUACAUUUCAAUUAACCUGCACAAUUUUCAAAUGGAGUACUCCCCACACCCCCCCCCCCAUUGUCCCAUCCCUACUGAGGAUGAAUGAGAGUUUACCAAAUUUGGAUCGCAGGUUUUGCUCUUUUCAAUCGUUUGGGGCGCCAGCACACAAACACACACAUUUGUCUCCUGCAGAGUGGGUUGAGAUGCAGUGGAACACAAAGAGUGGACACAGUGUCAUCAACACUGUGUGCGAACCGUGUCCCGGAGAAAAUAGAUUUUCUUUUUCAGAUAUUUCAUAGAGAUUUUUAUCUACACAGAGCAUUUAUAAGCAAAACGCUUUGACAAUCUCACACAGAUGCUUUUGCUUUUGUUUAUACUGCAACAACAGAUACAGUAUAACCUGAAAUAAAUACAUUAUAUUAUUUUGUUAACUUUUGAGCCGAAAAGACAAUUGUGCAUCCUAAGAAACAGAAAUACUCCAAUUCAAACUGAAAUAUAUAUGAAUAAUAGAGUAGUUGAUUUAUGUCUGAAGAAUCACACUGUAAGUGAAUGUUAUCCAUUGUGAGCGUCAUACUGCCUCAGUGCAGCACUUGCCCUGCAAUAAGAUCAAUAUUUUAUUUUGGUAGACUUUGACCACAAAGCACUAUUUUUCUGCUCAGUUUCUUCCAUAAAAUCCAUGCUGAAAAAAAGGUAACAUGGAGCAUGAUUAUGUAGUUUCAUGAGGUGUAUGUUAAAACUAACAUUCAUGCUUAACAUACCGAUGUAAUUACUGUGUGCUGUGUGUUCUCAAAAAGCAACACCCCCCCCCCCCUCCCAGUCCUGCCCCGUCCCCCUGUAUAGUUAUAGUUGCACUGCAUUCCCAAAGAACUGUGGGGGGAAACGUGUUGAUUCAGCAGCGUUUUCAACAGACAGUUAAUCCCGCCUCACUGUCACAUAGUAUAAGCCAAUCUGCUGUGACUGGAAAUCCAUCCCUGUGUUUGGAAAUGACAUGUUAUGUACAAUAAUUCCGAAUGUUUACUCUGCAGAAAAAGAAAUGAUAUGCUUUAUUUUAAGAGUAGAACCUGAUUUAGAUAUCGAUUCUAUUGGAAAUUGGAGAGUGUGCGCUGUCCGAGUGGACAGUUUGUUCAACGCUGUACAACUUGUAAAUGAAAUAAUGAGCAUGUUAGCGUUUUUCUUGUUUUUUUAACAUCCAUUUGAAAAGGCAGACGCCAGUGAUGUUCUGUACUGUAACAAUGGUGUCAUGUGCUCAUAAUCAAGUGUUAACAAGUCCAAAGUGGGUUUUCAUGACAAAAAAAAAGAAAUUCUAUAUAUAGUUAAGAAUAUUAGAAACAUCUCCUUCGUAAGGCUUUCCUUCUGGGGACUGGCUUCACUGCGGGUCCUUGCAACAUAUCGAAUAACAAGGAGGGAGAAAUUGGAGUGAUGAUUGAUUAGGCAUAAUGAUCGGAGUGGUCAAUUAAUGUAGUUGUUCCGAUACCAUUUUUCUUUCCAAUCCUUAAACUUGCAAUCCAACAACAGUGCUCAUCAAAAUGAUCAGUAUUAGUAUCAAGUAUUAUUAUUAUUAAAUGGCGGCACACUGGAAACCCCUGUAUGGGUUUGGUGUAGUUGCUCUUAUUGUUGCAUUUUCUUGCUCAGGUUAAUUCAACUCUAUGAAUGAUCAACAAAUACACGCAGAGAAUGACGGCCAAAGACACACUUUUUUUCAUCUAGCGAUGAGAUGGCGAGACACUCUGGUUACCACACUGGGUGGAAGAAGAAGAAGAAGAAGAAAGCAUCCUUUAUUGAUCCCCUUGGGGAAAUGAUUCCCUGCAUUUAACCCUUCCCACACAGUGGGAGCAGUGUGCUGCCUUGUAGGGAGCAGUUAGGGGUUAGGUGUCCUGCUCCGGGACUCUUUGACAGGGGACAUGGAGCAGCCCGGGGUUUGGACCUCCAACCCUGCGGACACCGGCGCGCCCUCUCUCCUCGGCGCCACGGACGCCGCUCAUAGAUAUACUGUAAUCGGCCAAGACCCAGAUCCCAGUGGGUUGUGUGUCUUAAAAUACUGCCGGCACAUGAACUGGAUGGAUGUUCCUAUGUCCUCCUGGGGGGGCUCGAGCUCUAGCCCCCGCCGAUCGGCAGGCAUCGGACGCAGAUACUUGUAAAAGCCAGCAACUUGUGUCAAUUGGCACACGUUAGAUGUGACCGGCUUCCGACUUGAUUUGGAACCCGAACGCCUUCAUUCAGAGCCUGCUGAUUGUUUCUGUUCACACCCAUCGUGGUUGUCCACGGGCCCAAAGUGUCGUGACCUUGGCAUUUCACACGCUGGCUGAAAGAGCUGUGUCUAUUGAACCAUAAUCCUUCACUCCUGCACUCCUGCUUGCCCUGUGUGUACUUCAACCUACUUAUUCAUGAUCAACAAACCUAAACACAGUCGCAUUGUUUUUGUUCCUGCACAAUUACUGAAAGAACCCAGCUUGCUGUGUUAUAUCGGGCCGAAAUGCACACGUAAACAACGCGAUAAUAUGAUAUAUGGUUGGUACUGAGAUCAGCCUACUUGCUCAAACCAGAGUCAGCAUUUCAGGCUGUAAAACAUCUGGUACUGGUAUCGGAACAACUCUGAAAAUAGGGAUGCUCGGUGAGGAACUAAGUGAUGAGUCUGGGUUGCUAUGGCGGCCGAAUUGCUUUUAAGGAUAAAGCACUGUUACACAAGUGAACAGUUCCUUCAUCCGGAAGCAGCAUUGCAAAGAGCCAUUGUUCCGUUGUGUUUUCUAUGCCCGCUACUCAUCCACUCUAGAUGUAUUUGUUUCUUCUAAUGUAUUUCAUUUCAAUGCCGUCCUGUCUGUUGAGCUGUCAAAAUAAUUCUGAAGAAUUCUAGUUCUCUUUUCUUUGGUGUUGUGUGAGGCUUCUGUGCUGGAACAUUGCAACAGUUUGUAUUAUAAUGACAAUAUCAGAAUAAUAUUUAAAUAAACCAUUUUCACAGAUGAAAUUCA